CCGGCCAGCCCUUAGCGGAGCGCGGCAUGCCGGCCCGGCGGUCCUCCGCCUGCUAGGCUCUCGUCGGCACCGAGGAGGCGGCGGAGGAGGAGCGGGGUCGGCGGCCGCCCGCCCGCCCCGUCGCAGCGCCCCGCAGCCGCCCGCGGGGGAGGCCAAGAUGGCAGAGGCGUCGCCCCCCGCCCCGCUUUCGCCCCUGGACGUGGAGCUGGACCCCGAGUUCGAGCCGCAGAGCCGCCCGCGCUCCUGUACCUGGCCCCUGCAGAGGCCCGAGCUGCAGGCCAGCCCAGCCAAGCCCGCCGGCGAGCCGACCGCCGACGCCGCCUCCAUGAUCCCCGAGGAGGAGGACGACGAGGAGGAGGGGGGCGGCUCGGCCAUGACCGUCGGCAGCGCGGCCCUGGCGGGCGGAGAAGCGACGGCGGCAGCCUCCGCCGUGCCGGAGGAGGCAGCGCGGCUGCUGGCCCCGCUGCCCGGAGUCGGCCCGGAGGGGCCGAGCCUCUCGCCGGGGGGAGCGGCGGCGGCGGGCGGCGGGGGGCUGAGCGGGGGCCCGGCGGCGGCGCCGAGGAAGUGCUCGUCGCGGCGCAACGCGUGGGGCAACCUCUCCUACGCCGACCUCAUCACCCGUGCCAUCGAGAGCUCCCCGGAGAAGCGCCUCACCCUCUCCCAGAUCUACGACUGGAUGGUCCGCUGCGUGCCCUACUUCAAGGACAAGGGCGACAGCAACAGCUCGGCCGGCUGGAAGAAUUCGAUCCGGCACAACUUGUCACUCCACAGCCGAUUCGUCAGGGUGCAGAAUGAAGGCACUGGGAAAAGCUCUUGGUGGAUGAUCAAUCCAGAUGGUGGAAAAGGUGGCAAGGCACCCCGGAGACGUGCUGUGUCCAUGGACAACAGCAACAAGUACACCAAGAGCAGAGGGCGGGCGGCUAAGAAAAAGGCAGCCCUGCAGACUGCCCAGGAGACGAGUGAGGACAGCCCUUCUCAGCUCUCCAAGUGGCCAGGGAGUCCCACAUCCCGCAGCAGUGACGAGCUGGACGCAUGGACAGAUUUUCGCUCCCGUACAAAUUCAAAUGCCAGUACGAUCAGUGGCCGCUUGUCACCGAUUUUGGCAAGCACCGAACUAGAUGAUGUUCAAGAUGACGAUGCUCCACUUUCUCCCAUGCUGUACAGCAGUCCAUCGAGCUUGUCCCCAUCGGUAAACAAACCAUGUACUGUGGAGUUGCCUAGGUUGACUGAUAUGGCUGGGACAAUGAACUUGAAUGAUGGACUGACAGAUAACCUCAUGGAUGAUCUCUUGGACAAUAUAACACUCCCUCCCUCCCAGCAGUCACCCACUGGAGGGAUAAUGCAGAGAAGCUCCAGUUUUCCUUAUGGUUCCAAAGGUUCAGGGCUGGGUUCCCCGUCAAGUAGUUUCAACAACGCUGUGUUCGGGCCAUCGUCCCUGAAUUCCCUCCGCCAGUCGCCCAUGCAGACAAUUCAGGAGAACAAGCAGGCCACCUUCUCUUCCAUUUCUCAUUACAACAACCAGACGCUGCAGGAUCUUCUCGCCUCUGAUGCACUUAGUCACAGCGAUGUCAUGAUGACACAGUCUGACCCACUCAUGUCACAAGCCAGCACAGCUGUGUCUGCCCAGAAUUCCCGCAGAAAUAUAAUGCUCCGCAACGACCCCAUGAUGUCGUUUGCUGCACAGUCCAGCCAGGGGGGUCUGGUCAAUCAGAACCUGUCCCAUCACCAGCACCAGUCCCACAACUCCUCUCUCAGUGGCAGCCGUGCCUUGUCCAAUUCCAUCAGUAACAUAGGCUUAAGUGACUCCAGCAGCUUGGGAUCCACCAAACAUCAGCAGUCACCUGUCAAUCAGUCUAUGCAAACACUUUCUGACCCGCUGUCAGGCUCCUCUUUGUACUCUUCUAGCGUGAACCUCCCGGUCAUGGGACAUGAGAAAUUCCCAAGUGACUUGGACCUGGAUAUUUUCAAUGGGAGCCUGGAGUGUGACAUGGAGUCCAUUAUCCGCAGUGAACUCAUGGAUGCUGAUGGGCUGGAUUUUAACUUUGAUUCCCUCAUCUCAGCUCAGAAUGUUGUCAGUCUGAAUGUGGGGAACUUCACUGGUGCUAAACAGGCUUCAUCACAGAGUUGGGUACCAGGCUGAAGGAUCUUUGAGAGCAGGGAAAAUGGGCAAACAGGCCCUCAAACUGACACGAGAUGUAGAGAGAGAACCCUUUGCCAAAUCUGCUGUCAGCAAGUGGACAGUGAUACUGUUUACAGCUUACAACCUUUGUGAACCCUGCAUUAUUUUCCUAAUGAAGCAGACUGUUAAUAGGCCCCUGACUGGAGUGAAGAUCCUACUUCUUUUUUUUUUUUUUUUUUUU